AUGUCCUUCACCCAGGUUCCUCCGGGUGCUUCCGUCCCACUCAUCAUCAACAACAAGAACAUCUCCACAGACAUCCAAUUCGACGUCACCAACCCCGGCACCGGCCAGGUCGAGCAUAAAUGCAGCUCUGCCUCCGCUAAAGAAGCCACCGAGGCCGUUGAGGCCGCGCAGGCUGCCUUCCCGGCGUGGUCGCGCACGAAGCCCGACGCUCGCCGUGACAUCCUGCUGCGCACUGCGGACGUCUUCGUCGAGCGCAAGGAGGAGUUCCUGCGGUACAUGGUCGAAGAGACCGCCGCCGAGCAGAUGUACAAUGAGUUCAUCUUCCAGCUGGGUGUGAAUCUGCUGCGGGACGCGGCCGGUAAGAUCUCGGGCAUUGUGGGCACCGUGCCCACAAUUGCGGGCGAGGGCGAGAGCGCCAUCAUCUACAAGCAGCCGUACGGUGUGAUAUUGGGAAUUGCGCCGUGGAACGCACCCUACAUUCUUGGUACCCGCUCCGUUGCCCUGGCCCUGGCGGCCGGUAACACCACCGUCCUGAAAGGCUCCGAGCUGUCGCCCAAGUGUUUCUGGGCUAUCGGUGACGCAUUCCGCCAGGCGGGUCUGCCUGACGGGUGUCUGAACGUCAUUUACUCGCGGCCGCAGGACGCCGUUGAGGUAACGACGACGCUAAUCGCGCACCCGGCGCUGAAGAAGCUCAGCUUCACGGGCAGCACGGCCGUGGGACGCAAGAUCGGUGUUAUUGCGGCGCAGCACAUCAAGCCUGUGAUUCUGGAGUUGGGCGGCAAGGCGCCGACCAUCGUGUUGGAUGAUGCGAAUCUGGAGAAGGCGGCGUUGGGAGCCGUCUUGGGGUCGUUUAUUCAUUCCGGCCAAGUCUGCAUGUGCACAGAACGCAUCAUCGUGCACCGCUCCAUCGUCGACCAAUUCCGCCCCGUCCUGAACGCCACGAUCAAGCACAUCGCCGGUGGCGGCAGCGGCGAAGUCGUCGUGAUCAACGCCGCGGCGGUGACCAAGAACCGGAACCUGGUGCGCGACGCCGUCGCCAAAGGUGGCAAGGUGAUUGCCGGUGACCCGGACGCCCCGACGGCCUCGGAUACGCGUCUGGCGCCGAUCGUCGUCGAGGGCGUCACUCGCGACAUGGACAUCUACGCGGAGGAGUCGUUCGGGCCCACGGUGUCGUUGUUUGUCGUGGACAGCGACGAGGAGGCCGUGGCGUUGGCGAAUGAUACCGAGUAUGGGCUUAGUGCGGCGGUGUAUACGGAGAACUUGGGCCGGGCGUUGAGAGUGGCUAAGGGGAUUGAUUCUGGGGCUGUGCACAUCAACUCGAUGACGGUGCAUAACGAGUCGGUUCUGCCUCACGGCGGCGUCAAGAACAGCGGAUUCGGAAGAUUCGGAUCCGACAUGUUGGAUGAGUUUUUGUGGACGAAGUCGGUGACGUGGAUGGAUUAG